GUUUGAAUGAUCCACAUGUUCGACUGGAUGCAGCUCUCGCACAGUGACUCAAUAUGUUGUUUUUUCUUUUUCACAGUGGAUCCAUCCAAGGAGGCAACUUUCAAGGUAGCACCGUCGAAAUGGGAAGCGGUGGAUGAAGCCGAGUUAGAAGCUCAAGCUGUGACAACUUCAAAAUGGGAGGUAUUUGAGCAGCCAGAAGAAUCCAAAAAGAACGAUCAUGACAGUGAUUACGAGGACAGGAGCCCCCGCUCAGAGGACAACGGGACCUACUUCAACCCCUCCAGAGACGACUCUGAUGUGAAAGCCAAGAUGUCUGAAAUGAACGAGGAGAAACGCACCAAGCUCAGAGAGAUAGAGGUUAAAGUCAUGAAGUUCCAAGAUGAGCUGGAGUCCGGGAAAAGACCCAAGAAGACGGGGCAGAGUAUUCAGGAGCAGGUGGAGCACUACAGGGACAAACUACUACAAAAGGAAAAGGAAAAGGAGAAACUCGAACGGGAGAAAGAGCGGGAGAGGAAAGAGAAGGAGAAAGCGGAGGCCCGGUUGAAAGAGUUAAAGAAGGAGAAGGAGAAGGAGGACACGCCCACCAGGAAGGAGAGGUGAGCUUUAUUGGGUAUAUUUAAAGA